AAGAGAAGCGAGAGAAACGAGAGAAAUCGGUCUCCGCGUCCUACCGCAGCCGCUAUAACGAGCGGGAACUAGUGCCGGGCCCCAUACCCACUCCCCCGUCCAAAUCCAAUCGAAAGUUCAAUUCCAUCCUGAUCGCCGACUUUGUCUGGGCGUGAUGAGUUCCUCCGUCGUGGUCUCCGGCAAUGGCGACGAGGACGCCAGCGUGGGCGAGAACUCCGUUGUGGUCUCCGGCAAGGGCAAGGACGCCGUCAAGCCCUCAUGCACGGUGCAGUAUUCCUGUGUCAAGCGGGUUCGUGAGCGGCGCCUCCUUUCCUUCCUCGUCGACCAAGGCUUCCACGGCGCCUUCAGAGAGCUGAAUCGCGAGACGGGGGUGCUGUUCAACGUAGAUCACGUCCGGCGGCUGGUGAGGCGGGGCCAAUGGGAGGACGCCCUCAUGUACCUCAACACCUACCUGCCGCCGUUCCUCAGUGAACGUCGGAGCUUCCGCGCCAGGAUCUUCAGCAACUUCCUCCUCAUGCACCACCGCUUCGCCAACGUGGUCGCCGGCAACAAGGACAUGCACCUGGACAAGCAGUACGCCAACGGCCGCAGCAGCUCCACCCCCGCCGAGCGCAGGUUCCGCUCCAUGAACUACUCCAUCCUCACCCCGGACUCGGGCCACCUCAGGGCCGCCAUCGACUGGGACAAGGUGAGGAGCCACGCGGCGUGUCUUAUCCCCGAGUUGGCUCACCGUACUCCGGAGCUGAAACGCCGGACGGUGCUGCCGUCCCGCUGCAUGAUGCCGCACGAUGUACUCCCCAUUGGGACCGGUUUGUUCCUGAGGCGUCGGGUGAAGAAACAAGGCCCCCAGCCGCCAAAAACAGACGCUAUCAUCACGGCCAUAAAACACCAACGGUAUUGCCGCCUCGUUAGGGAUUCAAGCAUUGGAUCGAGAGAUGAAGCGCUGGAACUGCUGGUCGAUUUCCUUGAUGAGACUUUACAAGCUGGCCUGCCUAGAGGGUGCACACUAAGCUAUGACUUUCAACCAAGUGGGAAGGAAGUUGAACUUGCUGCAGAUGCUUCUGAUGCUCCGUCUGGACAAACCAUGCUCGGCACACCCACAGAUAAUUUUAAAGCCCAUGCCACAUCAUUAGUGAAAAUUCCUGGUGCUCCAAUCUGCCAGAUCAUUUCUGGUACCUUGAAAGUUCAUGCUAAAAACCCUGAGAUCUCAACACCGACAAAUGCAGGUGCAAAGCGUUUAAUACAAGCAGGUUGUCAUACUCAUAAUUCAAUGGAUGGACUGCCAACCGUUGAGGAUGAUAUUUAUGCAAAAAGGCAACGAACGACUGGGACAUUUGGUGAAAAAAGUUCGGUGAACUUCAGGCCGAAGCUGAGGCCCGUCUGCUCCAUGUGAAGACAGAGAUGAUUGAUGGGCAACGGCACCCACCGGUGAUGUUGCAGCUGGCAUUUCGUUGUUCCGUUCCUGUUGCUGCUCCUAUUUUACUACUUAGUGCUUGCGCCCUGAUUAUGUCACCUACUUGCUUGAGGCUUGCAAGUCUCCUAGAACUCAUAAUGUUAUGUUAUGCUAUAUAUGAUGCUACUAUGAA